AUGAGAUUUUGUCCAAAUACAACUGAUUUAGAUACAAAUGUUACUUGUACAAUGAAUAUCAAUAAUUACAAAAUAUCAUAUUUGUUAGGUGUUACUCAUCAAUUUAAUUAUUCACAUUUUCAAUAUGAUGAUAAUGAUGAAACUGAAUGUAUUUUUAAUAUUCAACCAAGUGUAAAAUCAGUGAAUUUUAAUAAUGAUAUUAAAUAUACAACUCUUCAUAUUGAAUAUGAUAUUACAUUAAAUAACUUUGUGUAUACUAAACAGAUUAAUGUUGAAGAUAAUAUUAAAUUAACAACAAUUUUAUCUUAA